AUGAGUAGUUCAGGAGAUCGUUUUACAGAUAUCGAACUAGAAAAUAAACGUUUACCAGCAUGUUAUGGUUAUAUUAAUUAUAAAUUAUUACCUCUUGAAGAGGUGAUGAAUGAAAUACAAGAUUCUUUAGAAGAGAUAAAUCGUUUUGUUAAAUUAGCUAAAAGACAUUGUACAUAUCCAAAUGAUCAUAAUUUAACAAAAGAUGAAUCUGCUGCAAUUUAUAUUUAUACUAUGGAAAUGUCUGAUCAUUCAUGUCUUUAUCGAAUUUUAAAUCAAACACUUCGUCUAGAAGAUCGAUCAGAAGUUCGUCCAUGGUUUGGAUAUUUGAAACUGUUAGAUUCUGCAGCAUUAAAAUUACCCAAAUUUAAAGGAAUUAUUUAUCGUGGAAUUGAUAAAGAUGUUACUAUGAAAUUUAAAAAAGGUCAAAGAAUUACUUGGUGGAGUAUAAGUUCAUGUUCAACAUCUAUUAAUGUUAUUUCUAAAUUUAUUAGCAAAUCUUCUUCAAGUACGUUAUUUAAUAUUGAAUGUUUAAAUGGAAAAUCUGUUUCAUCAUAUACAUGCUAUCCAAAAGAAGAUGAAGUUAUUUUAAUGCCUGGAACAAUGUUUGAAGUUGUAUCUAAUCCACUAAAUCAUAAAGGUGGAUUAAACAUUAUUCAUUUAAAAGAAAUUAAUGAUGAUGAUGAUGAUGAUCAUGAAGAAUUAUCUGGGUCAGCAAAUCCAAAUUCUUUUCGAUCAAAUCAUUCUACAACUAGUACACCGGCUGUAUCAUGGAAUCCGAUAACAAAACUAUAUAAAAUGUUAUUUCAAUCUCGGUCUCGAAUAAAACAAAGAAAAAUUCUAACAGAAAACAAUAAAUAUCAACAAUUUGCAGUUACUGUUGCUGGAGGAAAUGAAAAAGGACAUCAAUUAAAUCAACUCUCUGAUCCUUUAGGGAUCUCUAUUAAUAAUGAUAAAUCAGUUUAUAUUGCUGAUUCUGAUAAUCAUCGUAUUGUUAGAUGGGAAUUGAAUUCAAAUACAGGUCAAAUUAUUGCCGGUGGAAAUGGAAGUAGAAAUCAAAAUAAUCAGUUGCAUGGGCCAACAGAUAUCAUUUUUGAUAAAAAAAGUAAUUCUUUUAUUAUUUCGGAAUGGGAAAACAAACGUGUCAUUCGAUAUUUUAUUCAAAAUCAAACAAAUCAACAAAUUCUUAUUUCAAAUAUUACUUGUUAUGGUCUAACAAUCGAUAAAAAUGGAUUUCUUUAUGUUUCUGAUUGGGAGAAUCAUGAAGUAAGACGAUGGAAACAAGGGGAUAGAAUAGGUGAAUUAGUUGCAGGUGGAAAUGGUCAAGGAAACAAUCUUAAUCAACUAAAUAAACCUACUAAUAUCUUUGUUGCUAAAGAUUAUUCUCUUUAUAUAUCAGAUUUUGUGAACUGCCGUGUAAUGAAAUGGACAAAAAAUGCAAAAGAAGGAAUUAUUGUUGCUGGUGGAAAUGGUAAAGGAAAUAGUCUCAAACAAUUGUUUUGUCCUUAUGGAGUGUUUGUUGAUCAUUCGGGUCAAAUCUAUGUGGCAGAUCGUGAGAAUCAUCGAGUAAUGCGUUGGUGUGAAGGAAAAGAAGAAGGUGAAAUUGUUGUUGGAGGAAAUGGUCAAGGAAAUCAAUCAAAUCAAUUGAAUUCUCCCGCAGGUUUUUUAUUUGAUAAUGAAGAAAAUCUUUAUAUUGUUGAUAAAAACAAUCAUCGAAUCCAAAAAUUUGAAAAAAUUUUAAAUUCAAGAUAUUUCUAA